AUGCAAGUUUUACUCCUCGGCGGCCAUGGCAAAGUUGCCCUCCACCUUACCCCUCUCCUCCUCGCCCGCGCCUGGGACGUCACCAGCGUCAUCCGCAACCCAGACCAUGAACCCGAGAUUCUCGCCCUCGCCAAAGGCGCAAGCGCGAAGGGCAAACUUGACGUCCUGAUAUCCAGCCUCGACGACGUCAAAACCGAGGCUGACGCCGCAAAGAUACUCGCCGACACAGACCCAGACUAUGUCGUCUGGUCAGCCGGCGCCGGCGGAAAAGGCGGCCCCAGCCGCACAAUCGCAAUCGACGAAAUCGCUGCGAAACACUUCAUCUCUGCCGCCUACGCACACCCGCGCGUAACAAAAUUCCUCCUCGUCUCUUGGCUCGGCUCCCGGCGCAACCGACCCUCUUGGUUCUCCGACGAAGACUGGGCGGCAUCGCGAAACGUCUUCACAAACGUCCUCCCCACGUACGCGAAAGCCAAACUCGAGGCAGACGAGUUCCUCACGGCGCAUGCGGUCGUGCGCGCGCAGAAGUUAGCGGCCGGCGCGAAGCUGUUGCCGCUGCAGGCGGUUUGUCUACGGCCCGGGAUGUUGACGGAUGAUCCGGGUACGGGGAAGGUUAGUUUGGGCAAGACGAGGGGACAGGGGAAUGUGCCUAGGGAGGAUGUGGCGAGGGUUGCGGAUGCGUUGUUGGCUAGAGACGAUACGCAUGGAUGGUAUGAUCUGUUGAGUGGGGAGGAGGAUAUAGAAAAGGCUGUGGAGAGGGUUGCAAAGGAAGGCUUCGAUGCCGUUGUAGGGGAGGAUGUGGAAGCUAUGGUGAAGAGGUUUGGGUUGGAUUCCUGA